AUGGUAGCUACAGAUGCCACUACCCCACCCCCUGUUUACUUUGCCGUUGGCCCCAAGCCACACGAAGUCUGCUGCCCCUAUUGUAAACAAAAGGGUAAAACAAUCACGAGACGUUUCCUCUUGAGCUGCUGCAUGCGUCGCCAGUAUUGUUCCUCGUGCGGUGAAUAUUUGGGCACCUAUAGACGUCCAAAGUUGUAGGAGAAUUUUUGCGAAAUAUUUUGAUAUAUAUUUU